AUGGCAGAUAUUACCUCUGAGCUUUUCUCCACCCUGGAGGACCUGUUGAAGGACGAGCUGAAAAGAUUCCGGAUACAUCUGUCUGACAAGAACCUUCUGGAAGGCUUUCCCUCCAUCCCCAAAAGCCAGCUGGAGAAGAAGACCCUCACAGACAUAGUGGAGAAGAUGUUGGAAACCUAUGGCAAGCAGGGGGCGCUAGAGAUCACCCUACACAUCCUGAAGAAGAUGAACCACAAUGAUCUGGCAGGGAGAUUGGAGAAAACUCGCAGACAAUGUAAAAGAGAGACUCUUAAAGCUAGCCUGAUGACAAAGUUUAAGGAAAUAUCCGAAGGCGUCGGCAAACGAGGGAGCAAAUCUCUUCUCAAUGACGUUUACACCGACGUGUAUGUGAUCGAGGGCGAAGGCGAGGGGGUCAACAGUGAGCACGAAGUGCGGCAGAUCGAGAGAGCGGCUAAGAAGCAAACCGCACCGGAGGUAGCGGUCCUGUGCACCGACAUCUUCAAACCUCCACAGGGCCAGAAGAAACAGAUCAGAACGGUCGUGACGAAGGGGAUCGCGGGCAUCGGGAAAACAGUCUCCGUACAGAAGUUCAUCCUCGACUGGGCCGAGGGGAAGCUAAACCAGGACGUGUUUUUCACAUUCGUGCUUCCUUUCCGGGAGCUGAACGUGAUUAAGAACGAACAAUACAGCCUGCUGAAGCUCAUCUAUUACUUCCACCCAGAGCUGGAGGCCUACGGGAAUGUCUUCUGGGGAGGUAAGAAGGUCUUGUUCAUCUUUGACGGUCUAGAUGAGAGCAGGAUCCAGCUGAACUUCCAGGUCAAGAAGUGGUCUGAUGUGACGGAUCUGACGUCAGUCGAUGUGCUGCUGACCAAUCUCAUCAAGGGGAACCUGCUGCCUGACUCCGCCCUCCUCUGGAUCACCACCCGUCCAGCAGCGGCCAGCCAGAUCCCUUUCGAAUUCGUUCACCGUGUGACAGAGGUGAAAGGUUUCAAAGACCCGCAGAAGGAGGAGUACUUCAGGAAGAGGUUUAGUGAAAACGAAUCCUUGUCCAAGAGAAUUGUCACAUACAUAAAGUCGACAAGAAGCCUCUACAUCAUGUGCCACAUACCGGUCUUCUGUUGGAUUUCUGCUACCGUCCUGGAGACCAUGCUGGAUGAGACGUACAACAAGGGACAGGCCGGCCCCAAAACCCUCACCCAGAUGUACACACACUUCUUACUCAUCCUGACCAACAUGAACAAGAAGUAUAGUGAGGAACACGGUGCUGACACCAGGUCAGAGAAAGAGCGAGAAAACAUCCUGAAGCUGGCGGAGCUGGCCUACCAGCACCUGGAAGAUGGAAAAAUCAUGUUCUACGAGGACGACCUGAAAAAGUGUGGCAUUGAUGCCAGCGAAGCCUCUGUGUACUCCGGAGUGUGCACUGAAAUAUUUAAGGAUUCGGACAUAACCGGUGGCAGAGUGUUCAGCUUCAUACACCUGAGCAUCCAGGAGUACUUUGCAGCCCUGUUCGUGUUUCUCUCCUACUCGAAUGAGAAAAAAAAUCUUUUUCAGAAAAAACAAAACCUGGGUUACAAAUUCUCCAAGCUUUUCAAAAAGAGCUCGAUGUUUGACUUGCUCAAGAGCGCAGUGGAUAAGACCCUGAGCUGCGAUAACGGAGAGCUGGACCUCUUCCUCCGGUUCCUCCUCGGCAUCUCCAGGGACUCUCAGAGGUCUGACAGCCUCCUGCGAGGCCUUCAGACAAGUACGGAAAGCAGCUCCCAGGGCCUGGAGGAGACCGUCAAGUACAUCAAGGGGAAGAUCAAGAAGAAUCCAUCUCCCGAAAGGAGCAUCAACCUGUUCCACUGCUUGAUCGAGCUGGAUGACAACUCCUUUGUGGAGGAGAUCCAGUCCUACCUGAAAGCGGGGACACUUGAGGGAAAAGAGCUCUCCCUCUCACCUGCCCACUGGUCAGCUUUGGCCUAUGUGCUUCUGAUGUCAGAGGAGGUCCUGGAUGAGUUUGACCUGAAGAAAUACAUCAGAUCUGAUGAUGGACUCCGGAGACUUCUGCCUGUGAUCAAGUACUCCACAGGAGCUCUGAUGGACAACUGCAACCUCACCAAAGGGUGCUGUGACUCUUUGGCCCAGGCGCUCAGCUCAGACCUGAGACGGCUCACUCUGAGCCACAACGACCUGCAGGACUCUGGAGUGAAGCUCCUCGCUGCCGGAAUGGAGGAUCACAACUGUAAACUUGAAAAACUCAGGCUGGAUGGGUGUAAUCUCACCGACAAAUGCUGUGAAAGACUGGCUGAGGCUCUCACCAAAUCUCCAGACCUGAAAGAACUGGACCUGAGUGACAAUGAACUGCAGGAUUCUGGGGUUGAGAAGCUCUCAGUUGGCGUGAUGAAUCCGCACUGUAACGUGGAGAUGCUGAGGCUGCGGUGGUGCAGGCUAACCGAGAAGUGCUGUACAUCACUGGCCUCAGUCAUCAGCUCGAACUCCUCAAAGCUUAAAACUCUGGACCUGAGUGAUAACGACCUGCAGGAUUCAGGAGUGCAGAUCCUUUCCACUGGACUGAAGAGUCCACACUGCAAGCUGAAGACUCUGAGCCUCCAUAGGUGUCGCCUCACAGCAAAAUGCUGCAAGGAUUGGGCUGCAGUCCUCAGCUUAAACUCUUCUGAACUGAGAGAGUUAGACCUGAGUGACAAUGAUCUGGAGGACUCUGGAGUGCAGCAGCUGUCCUCUGGACUGGGGAACCUGAAAUGCAAGCUAAGGAAACUGAGGUUGUCAGGGUGUCGAGUCACAGAGGCAGGCUGUGCUUCUCUGGCUUCAGCUCUGCGUUCAAACCCCUCACACCUGAGAGAGCUGGAUCUGAGCUACAAUCAUCCAGGGGACUCCGGAGUCAAACUGCUCUCCGCUAUAAUUAAGGACAGCAAACACAAGCUGAAGAAAGUGAAGUGA